AUGGCUAAACUCUUCGUUGGAGGACUUUCGUGGAACACGGACGAUAACAUGCUCCGUGCCAAGUUCGAGGAGUUCGGUGUUGUUGAGGAAGCCGUUGUCGUGAAGGACCGUGACACCGGUCGCAGCCGUGGCUUCGGCUUCGUCCGCUACGGCAACGAUGCUGAUGCCGAGAACGCCAUUGCCAACAUGGACGGUCAGGAAUUUGACGGUCGCAGAGUUCGUGUUGACAAGGCCUCUGACCGUGCCGCCGGCGGCGGUGGCGGCGGCUUCCGUCAGGGUGGCGGCGGUGGCGGCUAUGGUGGUCGCGGCGGCUACCAGGGCGGCGGUGGCUACCAGGGCGGUGGUGGCUACCAAGGCGGCGGCGGCUACCAGGGCGGCGGCUACCAGGGCGGCGGCGGUGGUUACGGCGGCCAGCAGUACGGCGGCCAGGGCGGCUACCAGCAGUCCUCCUACGGUCAGCGUAGCUACGGCCAGAACCCCCAGCAGGGCUACAACGGUGGCCACUCCCUAUGGCGGCUACCCUGCCGACCCCUCCCAGCAGGGCCAGCAGUACCCUCCCCAGGGUCAGUACUAAGCGGCGAUUCGCGCCAAACCUCGUGCUAG